AUGUCGUUGAUUAUCAACACCUUCUACAGCAACAAGGAGAUCUUCCUGCGCGAGCUGAUCUCCAAUGCUUCCGAUGCCUUGGACAAGAUUCGGUAUGAGAGUAUCACAGACCCUGAUAAGAUUGAGGCCCAGCCCAAUUUCUUCAUGAAGAUCAUCCCGGACAAGACCAACUCGACCCUCACCAUCGAGGACUCUGGCAUCGGCAUGACGAAGAAUGAGCUUAUCAACAAUUUGGGCACUAUUGCCAAAAGUGGCACAAAGGCCUUUAUGGAGGCAAUGGCGGCUGGCGGAGACAUCUCCAUGAUCGGGCAGUUUGGCGUGGGCUUCUACAGUGCUUACCUCGUGUCGGACAAGGUGCGCGUGAUCAGCAAGCACAAUGACGACGAACAGUAUAUCUAG